AUGAUGCUGCAUUUAGAUAUGGCUCUACUUUCGGCAUUUGUGGAGAGGUGGCAGCCGGACACAAACACCUUCCACAUGCCGUUUGGAGAGAUUUCGAUCCUUCUACACGAUGUGCAUCACAUUCUUCAGAUACCGGUUGACGGAGAGCUUAUGGGAGAUGAGGCGUCGCCGGAUACUCUUAAGUCAGACAUGGGUGGUCUAGUUCGAAUUUCGGUGGAUGCUCAGGUUGGUGGUAAGUGA